AUGUCUUCUUCCUCUGGAAACACUUUUUAUGAUCUGGAGGCAGAGCUGCCUAACGGGCAAGCGUACGACUUUGAACAGCUCAAAGGGAAGGCUGUCUUGACUAUCAAUGUUGCAUCGAAGUGUGGUUUCACUCCCCAAUACAAAGGCCUUCAGGCUUUGUACGACAAGUACAAGGAACGCGACUUUGUCAUUCUUGCCUGCGCCAAUUGUCAGUAUCGGCGGGCAAUGGUGCCACUGCUUUGA